UGUUUAUUUUUUAAGAUUUGACAAAUGUGUUUCAGAAAUUGGUUAUUACGCCUAGUGUAAAAUCGGAAGAUUUUAAAAAUUCUCUGCUGAAAGCUAUGCAAGAAAACGGUUUGGAAGCUGAAUUGAAAAAUACGAUAUACAGAUUCGUGAAAUCCAAAAAACGGGAAAGCAACACGCACGAUGCAUUUUUCAGAAAGUGUCAAAUUCAUUGGGAUAAAAGAAUUCACAAGUCAUUAAAUUCGAUGUGUAAUGAGUUAGGAAUAAGUCUGGCAAAACCACGAACAACAAACGACAAAGAAGAGAUUUUGAGUAAAUGGACGGAACUGAGUAACUACGAAGUUAACAUACAAAAAUACAGGCCUGUAUAUGCCCCAAAGGAUUUUCUAGAAGUUUUGUUAAAUUUGAAAGGACCUAUUGAUGAGAAAAGUUCAGAGGGCAGUACCGGUUGGCAGUUUAGUCAAAUCCCGCUUAAAGUAAAAAAUUUAGGUGAUUUGAGAAGUUUUUAUUCGGAGCUUUCACGAGGGGAACAGAUAUUAACAGCUACUAAUUCACUAGUCAUGACCCAUAGUUUUGCACAAUUCGAAGAGGAAAGAAUACACUUAGGAGAAAAAGUGUUACUUAAAAAUUAUGCCCCCAUAGCGCAAGAGUUCUUAAAAAAGGGAUGUCCGAGAUGCCUACGAGCCAGAGUAUGGAGUUUACUGUUAGGAUCCGAGGUUAAGGAAUAUGAAUACGCGUAUUUUCAAUCAUUAAAAGAGCACGUACUACAAUAUGAUUUGAUGAUCGAUAAACUCAUUAUUAAGGAUAUAACUUUGACAGCCUCUAACGAUGAUCAAUAUUUUGUAUUUGAAGAUGUACUCUAUCAGGUAAUGCUAUGUUUUUCAAGAGAUUCAGAAAUUUUAAAGAACCUUCCUACGCAACCGGCCUUUAUGCAAGUAGUGAUAAAGGGAAAAACAGGUACACCGGAAAGCACUAAUACAACUAUAGUUUUUCCUCCAAGUGGAGUUAUUCCGUUUCAUGGAUUUUCCAUGUAUGCUGCUCCAUUCUGUUACAUUUACGACGAUCCCGUCCAUCUGUACUUUUCGUUUAGAGCAUUCUACCUGAGAUACUGGCAUAGAUUGCACCGAGUUUGUGGAAACUCUCAAGGUGUAGUCGCUCUUUGCCUGCUAUUCGAGAAGCUGCUUCAAUGUUUCGAUCCACUCCUAUGGAAUCAUUUCAGAAAAUACCACGUUCCUCCCUUGAGACUCGUAAUAAAAUGGAUAAUGCGGGCUUUCAGCGGCCACCUUCCUCCAGAACAGCUACUCACCUUAUGGGAUCUAGUAUUGGCAUACGACUCUUUGGAAAUCAUCUCACUGUUGGCUGUCGUCAUACUAAUUUUUAGAAGAGAUAAUCUACUUAAAGUUACUACAUUACAAAAUAUCGAGGCAGUUCUGGCUGAUCUCUCUAGUAUAGCUGUUAUACCUUUACUACAAAUGGCACUCAUGAAAGACCUAUAAUCUAAAAUACUUAGUCUCUGAUACAAUUGCAAAAUCAAGAAGUUUACACUAUUAUGGACAUUUCAGAAUUGAUCGUCCACGAGUUUUAGUAUGGAAAUUUCUAUAGCAUUUUGCUCUUUUCUAAUCCCAAGCUUACAACCUUUUCAAUUAAAUCAAAUUUUCAUUUAAUAGCCUUGCUUUUGCCAUUUCUUGAAAAUCUCUUUGACUGGAUUUAGGUAUUAUUAUCUAUUUUCUUGAUUAUCCUCUCUUCUCUCUUUCAACAUUUUUCUUUGUCGCUUGCGUUCGAUUGUUUUCCUAAUUAUCUCGUUUGUAUUGUUAAACUUCCGUUUUUAAUCUUGCUACCAAUCGCACUUAUACAAUGUGUUUAAUUCUAAGCACUAAUAUGGUUCAACAUCUAAACAAUAUAAACAUCUAAACAAUCUACUUGGCAUUCCUAAUAUUUUUAAAAGUCCAUAUUUUACUUAUUUCGAUGAUAAGUCCGUUCUUUAACGGUAAAAUAUUGCAAAACCUCUAAAUUUUAAAGAACCGCUUGGAUUGACAUGAAAUUUGGCAUACACAUAGCUAACAAGUCAAAUAAAAAAAGUGAUAUUGUGCCGAUAUGUGCUAUUGCCCUGUGGGUGGUUUUCACCCCCUCUUGGGGGUGAAAAAAUAUUCGUCCAAAGAAAGUCAGGAAAUGGAUAAACUGCCUAAUUUUAAGUAACUUUUGUUCUAUAGAGUUUUUUCACUAAGUCAAUACUUUUCGAGUUAUUUGGCAGUGAAUAUGUUCAUUUUUUCAACAAAAUAACCACGCUUUUAGACGGUUUUUCGCAAAUAACUCAAAUAGUAAGUAUUUUGUCGAAAAAACAUUCCCAGCAAAAAUAUAGCCUGUAAAUGAUUUAAAAAAAUGGUGUAUAGAUCACGUCUCUAUACACCUAGUAGAAACAGAGUUAUAGCUAAUGAAAAAUAGGUUCAUAUUCGUCAAAUUCCAAAUGGAAUACUUUAACGUGAAAUAACCAAAAAUUAAGCACAUUUCGGGGAAAACUCAUUACAACUUAUUUAAAGUGUUUAAAAAUAGCUUCAUUUUUGUUUUAUAAAAAAAAUUUCUAGCAUCAAAAUUAAACAAGUUACGCUCAAAAUAAACUUAGUCCCUUUUGGUUUUGGUAAAAAAUCGAGAAAAUCACCCCCUAAUUAGUAUCUUAAAUGAACUUAAUCGUUACGACUUCACAAGUUUCUUGACUCGUGUAUAUAUUGUUUAUAUGAUCUGUAAUUAAGUUUCAUCGGUUCAAAGUCCUUACUAUUGAAAGGGCUGUAGUUAAAAGAGGUUGAACGAGUCACUGAUCACGAAUGUGUGCAAAUUUAGAAACACCAAAUCUUAAUCAAUUUUUGUCUAACAGAAAAACAAAAAAUACAUGAUAUUCAGAAAAGUAAGUCUGAAUUUUUUUGUUUUACGAGAUUUUUGGUAUCUCUAACAAUUAUUAAGUUAUUUUGAAAAAAAUCAUAUUUUUCAAAAUUUAAAUUUUUAAAAAUUUUAUUUUAAAACCAAAUUUUUUCAAUAAUAAGCAUUUUGAAUCGAUGAAACUUACAGAUCAUAUAAACACAACAUAAGUAAAAUAAUUUGUGGAGCGGUAACGAUUAAUUUCAUUUAAGUUGCUAAUUAAGGGUUGGUCUUCCCCAUUUUUUUUUGCAAAAACAAAAGGGACCAACUUUGUUUUAAGCGUAACUUGCUUAAAUUUAAUGCUAGAGACUUUUUGUAAAAACAGAAAUAAAUCUUUUUUUAAACAAUUUAAAAAAGUUAUAAUGGGUUUCCCCCAAAAAGUGCUUAAUUUUUUCGAUAUUUCACGUCGAAAUAUUCUAUUUGAAAUUUGGUGAAUAUGAAUCUAUUUUUCAUUGGCUAUAACUCUAGUUCUACGAGAUCCAGAGACCUAACGCGUACACCAUUUUUUUUACUUUUUUAUAGGCUAUAUUUUUGCUAAGAAGGUUUUUUUCGACAAAAUACUUACUUUUUGAGUUAUUUGCGAAAAACCGUCUAAAAAUGUGGUUAUUUUGUUGAAAAAUGAACAUAUUCACUCGCAAAUAACUCGAAAAGUGUUGACUUGGCAACAAAGCUCUAUGGAACAAAAGUUGCUUAAAAUUAGUUAGUUUACCCAUUUCCGGACUUAUUUUGGACAUAUAUUUUUUCACCCCCAAGAGGGGGUGAAAGUCACCCCCAGGGCAAAAGCACACAUCGCCACAAUAUCACUUUUUUUCUUUGACAUGUAAGCUAUACGCAUGCCAAAUUUCAUGUCAAUCCAAGAGGUUCUUUAAAAUUUAGAGCAAAAACCGUGAAAGAAUGGACUAAUAUUUCAAUAAUUUCUGUAAGUCUAAAUAUAUUUUAAAUUCUCCUUGUGGACGUGGCUCCACUUAUUUUCGCUGCUCCGUGUAGUCUUCUUGUAAAAGUUCAAUAAAACAAUAAAAUGAAGCAAAUACAUAGUAACUUUAGUUGCAGUUUUAAAUGGUAAAAAUUUAAAAAAAUUUAAAACAGAUCAUAGGUUUGUACUAAAGUGCGUGCUAUUGAAACAUUGUUUGAGAAAUAAAUGUUUUAGAAAGAUUAUAAUAGACCUUUAAAUAAACCCUU